CCUCACCUGGGCAGGGCAGAGGGGCAGGAUCCGCCCCCCACCUGCUGGCCACAUUCUGGCCAACACCCCUGUGAUGUCUCACCCAAAGGGGAAGGAAGAACCUGAGAUCACAGAUGUGUAGGAAGAAUUUAAUAUCUUUAUUAAUGACAAGGAUGAAGGGAUGGAAGGCAUCCUCAGCAGGUUGGCAGGUGACACCAAGCUGAGUGGGGCAGGUCUCCCCCUGAGGCACCUGGACAGGCUCAAGUGGUGGCACAUGGGAACCUCAUGAGGUUUGACAAGAGCAAGUGCAGAUGCUGUGCCUGGGGCGACCUUUGGAUUCAAUCCAGGCUUAGAAUGAGCAGAUGGAGGAGCCCUGGGAGAAGGACUUGGGAGUGCUGGUGGAUGGGGGGGCUGGACAUGACCCAGCCCAGAGCCCCCCUGUCCAGGGCUCAUCCCAUAGCAUGGGCAGCACGGAUUCUCUUGGAUUGUGUUGUGUGAAGGAGAUCAGGCGUGCAGACCGCCUUCCAUCCAGACAGCAGCAACUGUAUUUUCCCCUAUAAUUUCAUAGUGUUAUCUUUUUACCCUCAGCCAUCCUCCCACAAAAUACUUCAAGAAAUUACAGGGGAAAAAAUGGAAACUUUCAUUUCUUGAGGUAUUUAAUCAAAGUCAGAUGCCUUUGUGAAAUGGAUGUAAAAGGUGACUGUAGGUGAACUAGCAGAGCACUGCUGUUUUACAGCAAGGAUCACAACAUUUAAAAUGUUCUUUCAGGGUGAGAAGGGCAUGACAGGCUGAGAGAGUUAUGGCUGGUCAGCCAUAGAGAACAGGGAGACUUUGUUGCCCCUUCCAGUACUUAAGGGGUCUUAGAAAAAUGCUGGAGGGAUACUUUGAGCAAGAGCAUGUAGUGAUAGGACACAAGAAAAAUGGCCUGGAUCCCCAAAGUGUUCAAGGCCAGGCUGGACAUUGGGGCUGGGAGCAGCCUAGGACAGUGGAAGGUGUUCCUGCCCAUGACAGGGAUGGCACUGGAUGGUCAUUAAAGUCCCUUCCACUCAGAGCAUUCCAUGUCUCUAUGACUUUGCUGCCCCUCCCUGCCAUGCCCAGGACACAGAACCGGCUCCUCUGUGACAGCAGCCCUGGCUGGGGGCACUGUGAGCACCACGAAGGCUGUGGGUGCUGUGGUGGUGGCUGCACUGCAGGUGACACCUCGGUUCUGCCUCUGCCACCUGCGCUGGCACCGAUGGCUUUGCUGUGGCUGCUCGUGCUGCUGGCCCUGGCCUGGCCCGUGGGGGCCACCUGGGACACCUGCAGGUCAGUGGUCUCACUUAGGGGGUUCCCUGUAGGGGAACCCACAUGUUCCCCUCACCACAGUGUUCCAGCCUCAGUCCCUGGCCAGUACCCAGAUACUGACACCACCUGUCUAUGGGGCUGCAGCAGUUCAGGGGGACAGAUGCACCCCUCGGGGGUCCCAGGUCCUUCUGCCACUCAGCACCGGGCAGGAAGGUGGGACGAGGGACCUGGAGCCUGAGCAGCAGCAGCCACUGAGCAGGGCAGUGAUGGCUUUGUGUUACAGAAGAACCUGUGGGCUCCAGCCCAUGGCUUCUGACCACAGCUCCGUGGCUUCUGCCGAGGACAUGUCCCAUGCUGUGGGUGGCACCAGUGCCCAGUCAGGGGCCUGGCCCGGCAUUGUCAGCAUCCAGGCCACGUGGGAGAACGGCACGUGGCACAUGUGCACGGGUGUCCUCCUCAGCCCCCAGUGGGUCCUCACGGUCGCACACUGCUUCGCCAGGGCUGGGGCCGUCUCCACCUGGGAGGUUGUGAUUGGGGCCACAGAUCUGACUCAGCUGGGCCCCGAGGCCGCGGUCAGACACAUCCAGAGGCUCCUGGUGCACCAGCACUACGUGCCUGCCACAGCCAGGAACGACAUCGCCCUGCUGGAGCUGGACCAGCCCGUGGAGUGCAGCGACUACAUCCAGCUGGGCUGUGUGCCCGAUGCCUCGCUCAGGGUCUCAGAGCUGAAAUCCUGCUACAUCGCCGGCUGGGGGGACAGCGGGAGUCCCCUCGUCUGCAAGGACAACACAGCUGACUACUUCUGGCUCGUGGGCAUGAACAGCUGGGGAAGAGGCUGUGACAGAGCCAGGCACCCCGGGAUCUACACCUCCACUCAACACUUCUACAACUGGAUCCUGCUCCAGACGGGCCUGAGCUCAGCAGAAAGAGCUGGUCCAGCACCAGAGUCAGACAUCACCUCAGUCCCUGAGCAGCGCGUGAAGCCAGAGGAGCCAGAGGAAGACAUCAACUUGACCCCUGAGUACAGCCAGAGACCAGCGGUGACAUCCUCAGGCACAUCACUGCCUGUGGCAUUCCCACACCAGAUCCUGGUGCAAUUCUGGAAUCUGCUGCAGGAGUUCCUGCAGUUUCUGAACGACAAAAAAGCUUGAGCAGCAGGGGGAUGAGCAGGAUCCAAGGCUACAGUGGACCACGGCAUUUCCUACUGAGCCAAAGGUAGCCUUGGAGCCAGAGGCUUCUCUGUCCUGCCCAUGCUGCUCUGCUGCAGCCACAGCAAUGCUGCCGUGACUGAGGUGUUGAAGUAAAGUUUCUGUGUUCACCAUUAA